UGGUAUACACUGUACAUGUACAUCAUACAUGUAAAUAAAAAUGGCGUUUUGUGAAGAGGACGUAAUCGAAAUACUCAGUUCAGACGAGGAUAUCCUCGCAUCAGACAAGCCACAAGCGACAGAUGGACGUCAUUUAUUAGAUGAGUUCAUCAAAGUGUGCCAGCCACUUCUCAAGUCCAACCAACAAAAGGCUGUCAGCAAGCUUCUCAGAGACAAGUUCAACGAGGCAAAGGAGUCGUACACACAAUCAGAAUGCUUCAGACACUUCGUAAGGCAACGGAUCUCCGACUUGCAGACCACAAAGAAAUCUGUUUAUGUUCACAUUCAGGAAGUGAAAACUUUGCUGAUACGCGAGUCCAACACACGCAGAGUCGAGUUGACGGCGGUAAAAAUUGAGAAGACAGAGGAAGCGAAACCAGCAAUAAAGAAGGUAGUCGAGGAGAAAGUGGAUCCACAGACAAAUGAGGAGUGUGCCAAGAGUAAAAGAGAUGAUGAACAGGAUGUAAACAAGGUUCAACAGGUAGAAUUCCAGUCUGAGAGUCUUUUGAUGACCUGCGAGACGGUCAGUAGUGGUGAAUAUGCUGCAGACAAGAAAGAUCCAACUGAGAGGAGGACUGGAGGAGAGCCAGGGAGGAGCGACCAUGAAGAUGGAGCUGGACCUUCCUCAAGUCUCCCUGACCCUGCAAGCAAUUCCGUUGGGACACCUGAUGCCGAAGCCGGUUCAAUCAAGUCGCCGCCGGCUGAAGACGGGAAGGGGCAGAGCAAAGGCAAAGGCUCUAGGAAACAGAUUCAGAGAUUGGAGAAUUUGCUCCACAAAUUGGACAAGGCAAUCAAGAAACUGCAAGAAAGGGAACUAACAUUGGACGAGAUGGAUGAGAGUGACUCCACCCACAUUCAGGAAUUCCAACUCAGGAAACGUUUUGUCAAGGUGUACAACAUGCUGUGUAAAUUGAACGGUUGUGCCAUGGACACAGGACGUGUCAUAGAGCAGAGAAUCCGAUACAAAGGAACGCGCUUCCCUGAGAUCAACAGGAGGUUGGAGAGACUAGUCAACAAGAGGGACUUCUUUCCAGACUUCCAUGAUGUGUACAUUGCUGUCCAAAAGACCAAUGUGAAGAAGGACUUGGGGCUGGAUAAGAACAAGGUCAAGAGCAUUGCCCAGGAGGCCUUCGAGGACCUCGGCGGCAAGCUGCAGAAACGACGCCAGCAGGACUUCCUCCUCAAUUUCAGUGCCCACUCCACACUUGACUUCAUCAAAGCCAGAGACGAAGUCGGCGGGGACCCUGAGCUAAAGAGAAAGCUGAUGGAGAACAGAGAGCUUGCCAAGCAGAAUAUCAAGCAGGUGGAGGAUGCCUUUGUCAGGCGACAGGAGGAGUGUGAGAAGAGCGGAGUAAAUCUGGAGGCAUCAGAGCACUCGGAAUCGAACGCAUCAUCUGAAGGACCCUCUGAGGCGGAAGAAGAUAAGAAUGCACCUGUCUUGAAAAAAGCCAGGCUUGAACUGGAUGAAGAUCGUAAUGGGAAUGAAGAAAAUGGAGGCAAGGAAAAUGGACAAGAGGAUUUGAUGAAUGAAACCAAAGAAGAUGAAACAGGGGGCCAAGAUGACAAUGGUCAUGGAAGGGAUGGCUCAACGAGUCCACCCUCUCAAAUGCAGCAGCAACUUCAAACCCAAGUGCCAACUAACAAAAACACUCUCCUAAGAAAUGUGCCUCAUGCUGCCUUCCAUAAGGAGCUGUUCAGUACAAACCUUAACGCUUCCUAUAUUGCACAUAAUGGCAGCUCUGAAACAGGUUUUAACGAAAAUGGUGUGGAUCAAAAGAUUCAUUCCGUUGGUGAAAAGACACACGGUCUUGUAUGUAAUCCGGCACCUACCUCUAACAUCGGGACUGGCACACAACUGGCGCCAGUGCCGCAGUGCCCCCAGUCGCCGCAGCUGUGUUUUGACACCCCAGAGCAAGCUGUUGAAUGCUUAGGCCUCACACCAUCCCAGCCGGCAAUGCCGUCGUCCACCAUGCCCCUUGUCAUCACCAAUGUCUGCAGUCUCUCUGAUGACCCUGGGUUUUUUAAUGGGUCAGGCAAAACGGCUUGGGACGAGGGAAAAGCGACCAUUGCAAAGGUGGUCGAUGACGGGAGUGGCAGCAUUGUGAUUGAACCACCAACCCAGCAAAGAAUCAUGGUAGUCCAGUCAGGAAAAAGAGUCAAGCUUAAGACAUCCACACCAAUCACGCUGAGCUUCGAGGAUGCUGAGACCAACUCCAACACGCAGCUAAGCAAAGCGAAGUCUGACCCCAGUCCCUCCCAUCCCUCCCCCCCGCCGUCCGUCAGCAGCACCCAGCCUGAGUUGGACACCAGCCCUGAUGUGGAAGAGGUGGUGGAGAUAGCGGCCAAGAGCUUGGCCCCAACCCAGAGGGAGAAGCUGCUGGAGAGUGCAUCUAGUACCGGCACAGCCACUAGGCAGGCCCCCUGUGCCCAGCAACGAAACAGGACCGGGAUCAAAUGUACCAAGGAGGUUGUAGUCUCUGAAUCCAGCAGCUACGUCCGCUGCAACAGCUGUAUGCAGAUGUGUGCAGAAGCCAAGUGGCACAACCACUCCUGCCCACAAUCUGCUCAUGGCAGUCGCAAAGGCAUGCUGUGCAGUCCACGCAGAGCUAACUCGUGUGUUCGACAAAGAUCGGCACCGGCAGUAGUUCCCUCAAGAGCCUUUACAAACACCUCAGGUCCUUGUCAUGACCGUAAUACCGCUUUCAAAUCACUGACUGCUCAGGGGAGGGUUUUCAGCCUAAAGCCAGGGAAGAAUUUAACCCAAUAUAAGACCUCCCCAAAAUGGCAGGCAGGACCUCAACAGAGGAACUCGAGGUUUGGAAAACCGUCAAGGCAAGUGAAUAGCACCACCAACAAGGAUGAUGAGGACUCUGAUGUGGUCAUCAUCAGUGAUUCCGAACAGGGAACCAGUGAACAGACUGGGGACCAGUCAGAAUCGCCUGAAGUCAUUUGCAUUUCGGACUCGGAUUAGCACUGGCAGCUUUUGGGCCAGGCAGACUAAACGCUAUAUACAGAAACACAAAACCUUAAAAAAAAGCUUAAAAUAAGGGUGAAAGCCGGGUUAACAGAUUAACUAAGCAGCGUUUUCUCUUUUGCAUAUUCCUCUGAGAUUUUGAUGACUGCUUGCUUGAGAUUUGACACACACAUAGUGUUUAUAGACAGUACAUGAUGUCUCCGUAACGUAUACAUGUACGUGUAGACAGGUAUUCAUUACUUUAAUACUGUACAGGACAUUUUGCAUGACCUUUGAACAAGCUCAGUGACAUUGAUUUGAGAAAACAGCCAAUUUCACCUGCCUCAUUUUGUUAAAACUGAUUUUUGGUUUUAGCAGUCAUUUAAAAAUGUAAUCGCACAAUCAGGAAGAAUUUUUUUUAUUUUUUUGAACUGUCUUGUAGAUUAUUUUGAGACCAAUCCAAUCAGACUUUGAUUCAUUCAUUUAAAAAGAUCUUGUCACAUACACGUGUACUUUGUAUCGAACUGUAAAGUUUUCCCUUUGGCCUGUACUUGUUAAUGAAUGUUCGAUUCUUUAAAACUGUGAAACUUCUUCAGACGAUUGCAAACUUGUCUUGCUGCAGAAGUGAGCUCUGAAAAAUGAAAUGUGAACUAAAAGAGCGGAAGAAAAAAAAACAGUAUUGAAAAUACAUAUUUAACCUUUUUGUACCCGAAACGUGUCACAAAAUGUGAAUUACUAAUUUGCUUUGAGCUCCAACUUCACGGACAAACAGUAUAGCAAUUCUCAAUACAAUUGGUCUAUGCAGAGAGCAAGUGAGAUCUUAAGUCUACUAGCCCUACAGCCUUGAUGAGGGAAUGUAAGUUCUUUGUAUUGGGUGAAGGGCCUGAUGUCCAAGAUUGUGUAAAUACUGCAUUGAAUAGGUAAAGUGCAUCCUGAAACUUUGUUGCUUCCAAAUUCAAAUCUUCAUUUGCCCUCAGAGUAUGAUAUGAAGUUACCCCAUUUGAGGGGGGAUCACCCUUCCACAAAGCAAUGGGUCCGACCCUCUGAUGUGAAAGAGUAAACGCCACUUUUGGAGAGUUUUUUUUGAGAUUUUAGUGGUUUUGCAUUUGAAUUCACUGAUGCUCAAGAGCACUGUUGAAGUGAACAUAGCAUUGAAGUUUUUACAGGUUUAAAAAACAAAACAAAACUACAAUUGUGCAGAGUGGUUGGCUGCACGGUCUUGUUACUAUGCCAACACAUCACCAUCAUCGCAAUCAUGUGAUCACGUUGAUGGCAACUAAUUGUCAUUGCUAACUUCAAAUAACAUUCCAUUCUUAUUUGCCCUUAAAACCUUGAAAUAUACAUGCCUUAUUUUAUCAAGAGCUCUAUUGGGGCUUUAUAAAAAGUUGUUGGGGGGGGGACUUAGAAGUUGUAGAAUUUUUCAUUUUAUUCAGUUGUUUUGUUAAUCAUUUUGAUCAAAGCAUUUAAAAAGUCUUGAGUUUUAAUUGUUAAAUAAAUUUUCUACAGACAUGGACAUAUA